AGUCACUAUAUUUUCACUCUCUCGAGUUCUUUCCUUUCAAUGGCAUAACCACAGAAGUCUUCCGUUUUCUUUCUUGCUUUAUUUCUACCCAGUACCCAAACUCAACUCAAGCACAGUUUAAAUUUUCGAUAUCACCCGCCGCUGCUGAAAACAUCUGAAGAUGGUGAUUCUAAUACUGAUAAGGAUAUUUGUAGUUUCAACAAUUUUGACUAAAGUAAUAAGAUUCAUUUGGGCUUUAAUUGUCGCCCGGUUUGACAGAAAGAAGGCCGUAGGGUUCUUUCACCCUUACACCAACGACGGCGGAGGUGGAGAAAGAGUUUUGUGGUGUGCAGUUAAAGCUAUUCAAGAAGAACGCCCUGAUCUUGAUUGUGUUAUCUACACCGGCGAUCAUGAUGCUUCUCCUGACAGCCUCAUCCUCCGCGCCGUCGAUCGGUUUGGUGUUAAGUUGCUUUCUCCUCCCAAGGUUGUGCACUUACAAGAAAGGAAAUGGAUCGAAGAAACAACAUAUCCUCGCUUCACCAUGAUUGGUCAAAGUUUUGGUUCAAUCUACCUUUCAUACGAAGCUUUGACCAAAUUUGUUCCAUUAUACUAUCUGGAUACAAGUGGAUAUGCCUUUACCUAUCCACUCGCCCGACUUUUUGGUUGCAAAGUCAUCUGCUACACACAUUACCCAACAAUCAGCUUAGAUAUGCUUUCUCGUGUUCAUUCAAGGAGUUCCAUGUAUAAUAAUGACGCCAUUGUUGCUAAAAGUGUACUGCUAUCACAGUUGAAAGUUGUAUAUUACAAAUUUUUUAGCUGGAUGUAUGGCUUUGUUGGUUCUUGUGCAAAUCUUGCAAUGGUAAACUCUUCAUGGACACAAUCGCAUAUUGAAAAGCUUUGGAGAAUUCCAAAUCGUACUAAACGAGUUUAUCCUCCUUGUGAUACAACUGGAUUGCAGGAACUUCCACUGGAAAGAGAAACAACACCACCUAAAAUCAUUUCAGUGGCUCAAUUUCGACCAGAGAAGGCACAUGCUGUUCAGCUUCAGGCUUUUGCACUUUGCAUCAAGAAACUGAAUGUGGAGACUCGUAGACCUAAACUCCAGGUUGUUGGUAGCUGUAGAAACGAUGCUGAUGAAACAAGAUUACAGAAUUUGAAAGAUUUAGCAAUUGAACUCAUGAUAGAAGAGGAUGUAGAGUUCCAUAAGAAUGUGUCCUACAGGGAGUUAGUAAGGCUAUUGGGUGGUGCAACUGCAGGGAUUCAUUCAAUGAUUGAUGAACAUUUUGGCAUUAGUGUUGUAGAGUACAUGGCUGCAGGAGCCAUUCCCAUUGCUCAUAAUUCAGCUGGCCCGAAGAUGGACAUUGUGUUACCUGAAGAAGGGAAGCAAACCGGGUUUCUUGCUGAGACUGUGGAAGAAUAUGCAGAUGCGAUUUUGGAGAUUUUAAGGAUGUCCGAAUCUGAAAAACAUGACAUGGCUGCAGCUGCCAGAAGACGAGCUGGCAGCUUCUCAGAGCAAAGAUUUUAUCAUGAUUUUAAAGCUGCAGUUAGACCCAUUCUAAACCAAUGAGCUUCUUUCUAAGGAGAGAGAUGAAAGAUAUAAAAACUAACAUACAACAUCAGGAUUUCCCCUUUACUGGGAGUUUUGUUUGAUUUGAUUUGAUUUUGUUUCUUUUAUUUUUGUUAAAACAAAUGGAAGUUGGAUGCUGUUGUGGGAUAAUAUCCAAGUGCCAUGUCUAUAUCAGUAAAAAGACAAAGUAUGUUGCUAUUUGCUGCAAUUUGGCUGAAAUAGAAUAGUUUUGUCAAAUGCA